AUGACUCUGCCAUCAUCAUCAACAUCAACAGCAGCAGCAGAAACAACAAUUCCAACGCUUCUUCUUAUUUUCUUUCUUUUUCGAAAAGACGUCUUGUUUAAAUCAUCUGCCCUCGUCGUGUUUUUUUUUUCUAAAAACAAAAUGAACAUCGACCAAUUUCUUGACGAAACCCUUCGCCUUUUGGGUGUUGAGGGUGGUGCGGCCGCUUCUGGUAGUGGCGGCGGCGGUGGCCCUGGGCGUGGUGGCCGAGGAGGUGGUGGUGGUGGUUGUCGUGGUGGUGGGAAGGGCGGCAGACGCCGCAGCAAGCCAAAGAAGAAGAAGAAGGAAGAGGAAGAAGAGAAGAAGGAGAAGGAGGGCGGCGGCCGCAUCAAACUCCGUGGGGGAGUUUAUAAAGUCCCGGCAGGUUACCGAGGGGGUCGUGGCGCUGGUGGGACUUUGUCCCGGAAACAAUUACGCCAAUUUUUAGCGUUGGGCCUUGUGCCAGAGGAGAAGAAAGAAGAAGAAGAAGAAGAAGAAGAAGAGAAAGAGGAGAAGAAGAAAAAAGAAGAAGAAGAGGUUGAUGACGAUGAAGAAGAAGAAGGAGAGGAAAUGGGUGGCAGAGCCCCCGAGUAA